CUUCCGAAGAGAAGCCCUCUAGGUCCAGGGGGUACAGAGCCAGAAUCUGAUUCUACGGAGGGGGACCAAAGAGGGGAGAGCGAACGUGAGGUCCCCGCCUGGGCCCCGCUGCCCGCCUCAGCUGGAGGCCCGGGGCCUGCAGGAAAGAAGGGUCUGGCGAGAGGGCGGCACCUGGACUGCGCGCCCCACCAGGAUCUUCCCGAACUCGCACCCUCUAUGGGCUGGAGGGACUCUCCCACCCCUUCCACCAGGCUAGAGACAGUUCUAGCCCCGCGAUUUCUUCGCACAGGCCAAAACCCCAUCCAUCGGCCCUUCUCCCCUGCGGAGGCGGGGGGGGGGGGCGCCCCAGGCGGACACUGCCACUGGGUUGAACCCCCACCCUGGCGCUCGGCAGUCCGAGCCCUAGCAGCCGGAGGGAGGGGGGAACUCGGGGCGGGGGAGCCCGGGCUGGGGAGGAGGGGCGGAGGCACUGGGGACGUGGAGUGGGAACGUGGUAGUGCCGGGGGGAGGGGGGAUGGGGCGGGAACCCGGCUGGAGCUGGAGGGGGACCCGGAGGGAGAGGGCGGAGCUGGGCCGCAGAGGCCCCUCCCCGCGCGGCACCGAGGCCGGGCCUGCUCUUCGCUCGCCGCUCCGCCGGGACCCGCGCAGCACCAGUGACUCGGGGAGUCGGCCCCCGCCUCCUCCCCUGCCCGGGCCUAGAACCACCCCCAACCCGACAGGCCGGAGACGGAGCCGGAGCGGCUACCGCAUCCCGGCCCGGCCUCCCCAGCCAUCCCCCCCCCCCCGCCCCGCUGGACAUCUGGACCCUGGGCCCCGCAUCAACGGGGUUCCGGAAACCCUCCCCGCCCAGCUCGGCGGCGGAGCCCCGCACCGCCCUCCCAGCUGAGCCCCCGACCCUCCAGCAGCCCAGACUUCCGCCUACCCCUGGACGCCCCCUCCCUCUCCCCUCCCUCCCCUCCUUCCCCAGCCUGGACCGGGGUAGGAGGGAGGGGGGGUGUGCGCCCUGCGCCGGCCCCGCCCCGCCCCCCGUGAUUCCCCCUGCAUGGCCGGCCCGGGUGGGGGGUGCGGGGGGGCCCGGGAGCCAUGCGGGGGGGGCACAAGGGGGGUCGUUGUGCCUGUCCCCAUGUGAUCCGAAAAGUGCUGGCAAAAUGCGGUUGCUGUUUCGCCCGGGGGGGACGUGAAUCCUAUUCCAUUGCUGGCAGUGAAGGAAGUAUCUCGGCUUCAGCUGGCUCGGGUCUGGCUGCCCCCUCUGGCCCCAGCUCCGGCCUCAGCUCUGGCCCCGGUUCUCCAGGCCCCCCAGGGCCCAUUAGUGGCCUAAGAAGAUGGUUGGAUCAUUCCAAACAUUGUCUCAAUGUGGAAGCUGAGGCAGACAGUGGCCAGGCUGGACCAUAUGAGAACUGGAUGCUGGAACCAACUCUAGCCACAGGAGAGGAGCUGCCUGAACUGACCCUACUGACCACGUUGUUGGAGGGCCCCGGAGAUAAGACACAGCCACCUGAGGAGGAGACUUUGUCCCAAGCCCCUGAGAGUGAAGAGGAGCUGAAAAAGAAGGCUCUGGAGAGGAGUAUGUAUGUCCUGAGCGAGCUGGUAGAGACAGAGAAAAUGUAUGUGGAUGACCUGGGGCAGAUCGUGGAGGGUUACAUGGCCACCAUGGCUGCACAGGGUGUCCCUGAGAGUCUUCGAGGUCGUGACAGGAUUGUGUUUGGGAACAUCCAGCAAAUCUAUGAAUGGCAUCGAGAUUAUUUCCUGCAGGAGCUACAACGCUGUUUGAACGAUCCUGAUUGGCUGGCGCAGCUAUUCAUCAAACAUGAGCGCCGUCUUCAUAUGUAUGUGGUGUAUUGUCAAAAUAAGCCCAAGUCAGAGCACGUGGUGUCAGAAUUUGGGGACAGCUACUUUGAGGAGCUCCGGCAGCAGCUGGGACAUCGCCUGCAGCUCAACGACCUCCUCAUCAAACCCGUGCAGAGGAUCAUGAAGUACCAGCUGCUGCUUAAGGACUUUCUCAAGUAUUAUAGCAGAGCUGGGAUGGAAACUGAUGAACUAGAGCGAGCUGUGGAAGUGAUGUGCUUCGUGCCUAAACGCUGCAAUGACAUGAUGAGCCUGGGGAGACUGCGGGGGUUUGAGGGCAAACUGACUGCUCAGGGAAAGCUGUUGGGCCAGGACACAUUUUGGGUUACCGAGCCAGAGUCUGGGGGGCUGCUCUCUUCCCGGGGUCGAGAGAGGCGUGUCUUCCUCUUUGAGCAAAUCAUCAUCUUCAGUGAGGCCCUGGGCGGAGGCAUUCGCAGCGGCACCCAGCCUGGAUAUGUGUACAAGAACAGCAUCAAGGUGAGCUGCCUGGGAUUGGAAGGAAACCUCCAAGGUGACCCCUGCCGCUUUGCACUGACCUCCCGAGGGCCUGAGGGGGGGAUCCAGCGCUAUGUCCUUCAGACCACAGACGCUACUGUCAGUCAAGCCUGGAUAAAGCAAGUGGCUCAGAUCUUGGAAAGCCAGCGGGACUUUCUCAAUGCAUUGCAGUCACCCAUUGAGUACCAGAGACGGGAGAGCCAGACCAACAGCUUGGGGCGGCCAUCAGGGGCUGGGGUGGGGAGUCCUGGGAGAAUUCGACCUGGAGAUGGGGCCCAGGCCAGCAUGUCCAGCAUGCACACACCCCUCAAUGGCUCUCUCCCCUCCCUGCUGCUGUCGCCCAAAGGGGAGGCAGUCAGAGCCCCGCUGCCUCUGGACACACAGGCCCUCAGUGACAAGCCCCAGGCUCCUCCUCGUGAUUCUCCUCCAGUUCCACCAGUUCCCCACACCCCUCCUUGCCAGGCCAGACUUGCCAAGCUGGAUGAAGAUGAGCUGUAACCAGUAAAGGCCACAGGAAGGUGCUGACUCUUGUCGCUCUGUUCCCCCAAGAAACUUCAGGGCAGUGCUCCUGGCACCAACCAGGAAUUUCUCCCUCUUGGUGUGUCUGGAGGGUGGGUAACGUUGUGACUAGUGUCAGCUUGAAGAAAGACACCUAUCCAAAUGACUAUCCAAAGGACUACUUUCUGCCCCAGGAGCCUGGCUUUCAGUUCCCACCUCUAUGCAUGCAUCACAGCCCCCCCCCCCAAGAUAUGUGGGUGGGUGGGAAGGCUGGGGCAAGGGCCAGAUAGAAAUCAUUGAUUUUAAUUUUUUUUCUGUUUUCUGAGAAUAAAAGAUUUGUUAUAUCAUC